GAAGAAGGCGGAAGUGGCGUUUCGAUCUCUUGGCCGGGACGAUGGAGGCGGUGGCGGACGAGCUGACCUGCUGUAUUUGUUGCGAGAUAUUCCAGGAGCCUGUGAUGCUGGACUGCAUGCACCACUUCUGCAGGAAAUGCAUCGUGCGCUGCUGGAAGGGGCCGCCGCCCGUCUCUUGUCCGCAGUGUCGCCGCCAGUUCAGCGGCAAAAGUUUCCGACCCAACUACCUGGUGGCUGGGGUAGUGGAGAGGGUGAGGGGGGCGAGUACACAGGACUACCGGCUCCGACUGCAGAAACAGCUGAACGAGGUGUUGAAGAAUCACCGUGAGCAGGCGGACAAGUUUGUGAAGAUGAUGAAAAGGGACAGGGAUCGGAUCUCCGGGAUUAAGACCCAGUCGGCGGAUCUGGAGCGCAGGGUGAAGGCGGACUUUGAGAAGAUGCACCAGUCGUUGCGACGGGAGGAGGAGACGUUGUUGGCGCAGCUGCAACAGGACACGGAUGCUGCCCUGGACAAGGUGGGCACGCACGUCCAGCAGCUGCAGGCGGCAGUGGAUGAGUUGCAGCAUCUCAUCAGCAGCACCCAUGGGUGCCUGGAGCAGCUGAAGACCACAGUGCUGGUUGAGACCCGGGGUCUGGUCGCCAGUGUGCAGGUUGGGAGUGAGCCUGACGUGAGUGACAGUUUGUGCGCUACCCGCUACACCGGACCCCUCGAGCACAUCAUUUGGAAGAAACUACACCGGGCCCUGGAGCCGGCCCCUGCUCAGUUGACCUUCGACCCUGCCACAGCACACCCAAGCCUGGUGCUCUCAGAUGACCUGACCAGCGUGUGGGAGGUCGGCGAGCAGCGCGAGGUGCCCAACAAUCCCGAGCGCUUUGAUAAGUGCGUCAACGUGCUGGCGGCCCAGGGCUUCACCUCCGGGAGACAUUACUGGGAGGUGGGUGUUGGCGGGAAGACCAAGUGGGACCUGGGGGUGGCCAACGAGUCUGUCGACCGCAAGUCGGUGGUCAAGGCAAAUCCGGCCAAUGGCUACUGGACGCUCCGCCUGAGGGACGGCGACCAGUUCUGGGCGGGCACCUUACCCUGGAGGCGAUUGCCCAUCCCGAAGAAGCCGAGGAGGAUCGGGCUGUUCCUGGACUACGAAGAUGGCUGCCUUUCUUUCUACAACGCUGACGACAUGUCCCACAUGCUGACGUUCCGUCAGAACUUCACGCAGAAGGUCAUCCCCUUCUUCAGCACCUGCUUCAGUGAGGGGGGUCUCAACUCCGAGCCCCUCCAACUCCUCCAUUCCAACCUCUAGUGGCAGAAGGUUACCCGCCCUGCCCUGGCCUGAUGGGGUGGUGGGGCAGAUCCCGUUCUCCAUUAACACCACCCUGAUCUCCUCCCCUUUCCCUACCCCACUCACUUCCAACUCUCCUCAGCUCUCCGGUUCCUCCCUCUCUCGCCCCUACCAGUGCUGCUAAAUCGCCACCCCACCCCCAAAACCACUGCAACUCUCUUCAGCUCUUCUCCCCCACCCCUCCCCUCCCUUCCUUCCCCAUACCACUGGUGCCAAUUCCCCUCAGCUCUCCCCUCCCUGUGGAUGUCCCACAACUCCCCCCCCCAACUCUUUAGCACACGUGUCCCAGUGUGGAGGGGGUGAGGUGAACAAGGCACAGAUACAGUGACCAGGUCGAUGAGCCUGGAAUGGGGCAGCAGCCAGAUGGGGGAUCCCCGAGACCAUAUCCUUCAGUUUAUCAGAAUCCCGACAUUUCAAAUUAUACAUUUUAUUCUAUUUUAUGCUCUAAUCUGUGAUUUUUGCCACCUUCAAUCUGUAACAAAGCAAAUGCUGGAUUUUUGAUUACUUUGCACCUUAAGCAGGAGAAAUCUCUUGCCAGUUUGGAGGCCAAUCGGCCCUCUGUGUGUAGGACCGCCCGUUUGCUGGUGGUGUUACUGUGACUCCUGUCUGUCGGCUCUGCACCAUGUCUGUGACGCCAGCAGAGGGCAGCAGUGCCCACUGAAGGCAAGAAUUUCAAAUGAAGAACUGAUUGUUGCUUCAAGCUCAAAAUAUAUUAUUAAAAGUCAAAUUAAUCCA